GAUAAACACUACUUCACUUAAGAGACUUGAGUAUCCAGUUCUUCGUUGACUUUCAGCAUUCAGUUGUUUGUCUUCACCUUUUCAGGACCAAGUGAGACGAGGAAGACCACUGCUUCCAAGAUGCCGCGCUCAGAAAGUGCGUUGGACAAGUCUCGACCUUGCAGAUCCUGCCCCACUGAGCCCAACCACUUCCGACCAUGGGGUACCUCAAAGACCUCCGUCAACCAGCCGGCUGUGGAUGAUGGAUAACGCACCCACAACUCCUUCUCCAGUCUACAAGACACCCCCACAGUCCAAGAACAGCUGGAUGACCUCUGGACCCACUUGCCCCCGUUCACCAGUUGAAAAGAUAGGCUUUUUAAAAAAUUCUUCAAUUGUUAAUUCUGCACAAAGUGAUACACAAAACAUUGUAUGUCUUCCAUUUCAACAAACACAAACAUGAAAUGUAUAUUUCAAUACAUAACUUAAUGCAAAUCAAUCAUACUAAACAUCAUCUUUUUUUUUUAAACCAACCAUUGCACGCACUUCCAUCCAAGGAGAGGUUGCAUCUUGAUGAAAUCUUCCUGCGUUUUUAAUAUGGGAGCCAAUGAGGCUGUUGGUGCAUGUUGGUGGCGCAUCUGUGCGUCUUACACCCAAACUAUAACUCUGACAGCUUUACCAGAGGAUUGUUAUCAACCUACACCUAUACCUUACCAUCCUGAUUCAAUAAAAGGAAAGGAACUGUUUAAGAGUUGUUCAGCUUCCUCUGUGGUCCUCUAUGCCGACUCAAGUUUAGUCAGGCAUCAAUGUGAAAGGCUACAAACUCGACAAAAAGUAAUGGAGACUGUUUAACCAGGGCAGGACACUUUAUUCACAUUAUUCAGCACAAAUGUGACUGUUAAGCCAGUAAUCAUUUUGAUUCUGAAUUCUGAUACAAACAUCCCAUCUUCUGCUUUAUUCAUAAAGCUAUGGUGAAGCCAUGUUUGGAUACUGUAGGCCUAGGGAGCAGCCAAAGUAUCUCGGGGCUAGAAACCAGUCCCCAUGUCCUAUUCGGAUGUGGUCAUGGUGACCAGGAUGUGGCUUAAUACCAAUUUCCAUAUAAAAUAGGGCCCAUGGCAUUUCUGCUGUGAAAGUUUCAGAACUUGCAGACGUCUAUUGUUGCCUCAAAGGUUUAGUUCACCCAAACAUUUCCCACUUUUUCUACCUCGUGCUGCAGAUAGUUUGGAUUUUAUUUGUCUGGGUUUCAGAAUUUCUGAAUAGAAAUGUGUUUGUGGUUCUAAGGGCACUGAAAAUGUUAUAAAAGUGCAUCACAUUUUUCAAGGAACACUUUCUCACUUACUCUUGAUAAUCCACAAACUUGACCCCUGUAAUUCCUACUGCUGCACGCCUGUGUUCUGCAGCAUUUGGACAGACACUGAUCUGAGCAUGGUGGGCCUUUGGAAUGCUGGGAAUGGCAAUCACCUUUAUUCUAAUUACUUUCCUACCAUCACCAAGCUGUCAGCUGCUCUUUAGUAACCAAACAACACACAACUUUUCACUAUCCUGUGCACUGGUGCACACCUUCACCAUGAGUCUUCAAACUGUCCUCACUCUCUUUGUUUGUUUUACCUUGUUUUCCUCAUCUCUCGCUCCUCAUCCAACCUCUAAGAAGUCAGGCUGUUUUAAAGUCAACAACUGCAAAUGCAUCAUGAAGGAUGGGAGCGGGGUGAUAAACCUGAAAGCUAUGGGCGAUGGAGAGGGUUUCCUGGGGCGUUUGAAGCCGGUGUCAGCAGAGAAACUGCCUGUCAGUGCAGAGAUCUUCUUGUCCUUCAGCCCCUGCCAGCCCUUCUCACAGCCAGAGGACCUGGCAGGAGCGGACUGUACCAACGUUGCUGCGUGUCUCGUUGUCAGGUAUCACAGGCUCAACAGAUACAUUAGCCGCUAUAUCAGCUAUGGAAGACAUGAAGGGAAUGAAUUCCACUACAAUGACACCCUGGAGAUGCUGUCUGUCUCAUACUUUGUUCAUGAUGAUGAUGAGCAGCCACUGACAGUAGUGCAUUACCACUGUAAUCCAAAUCAGCCCGCUUCUUUCAUCCGAGACCAGAGCCUCAGCUCUGAGGAGCCCCUGCAGAUCUGGGUGGAAAGCCCCUGUGCUUGUCCAAAUGCCUGUGCAAUGGGAGAUCUGGGUCUAGGCACCAUCUUUCUCAUCAUCCUCUCCCUCAGCGCUGCUGCAUACUUCAUCCUUGGCUCCUGUGCUCUGAGGCCCUUUCGGAGCAGCAGUGGAGUCCAGAUCUCUCCAGAGCACAGUGUGUGGUGUAUGAUCUGCUACCUCUGUACUGAGAGAAGGCCAACAAGACGACAUUAUACAGGCAUGACACAGUGAAUGAUAAGCAGCUGCACGCCUCUGAAACACUGCAAGAUGUUUCAGUGUGUCACGUGUUUCGACCUAAAGGUGUCAUGUCCCAUGGAGGGCCAUCUGUCUGCAUGCUUUUAUUUGAUAAUUUUCUCAAAGUGACAGGCUUGUGCUCUGUAAACCUUUACACAACAUUGUAUAGACUGAAUCAGUCAAUGAUAAAUGUCAUUGUUUAGGUUGUUUUGAAUAAUCAAUGUUUUGUGUAAGUUUAUUCACUGCAUUUAAAUAAAUUAAAUAUUUGUUACAUACAAGUUAAUGCAAAAAACACUUUGAAAGAUAAAAUGAUCAUUUCAAAGGUGAAAAUCCUACUAGACUUCUGAUUGGAUCUAAUUUGUAAAUAAGGAAACUUUAUUUCCACAAAUUUGACCAACUAUUCUGCCCUACAAAACCUAACUGCAGUAACUACAUUUUUGGUCGAAAUUGAGUUAUAACUAAAAAUGAACUCAUGUCUGUUUUAUCUUGUGAAAAAGUUUUAGAUUUCCAUUUUGCUUUAUUUCAGAGAAAUAAUGUAAAAAUUGCAGUAACUACAAAAUCCAACUCAAAACCAAAGCAGACAGCAGUAAUUGCACUUACAAUGGUCUGCUUUGGAUAUUUAUGUGAAUUUAAACAUAAAACCAAAGCAGACUGUCUGCUUUGACUGAUACAGUGUAUCCUUGUAUUUCUUUGUUGUGUUGAAAAGUGAAGAGAAGAAUAAUAUGAAUUGUUAUAAUAUAUAAAGUUUUUAUAACAUAUAAAGUUUAUUUCAAAGGGAAAUUAUUAUCUAGAUAUUCAUUAAGUAAAAAAGUGAGACAAAAUUAUAUUAAGACUAAAAUAUAACAUUGCUUUAUAAUAAGUAUAAAAUACACAAAUCUUUGAAUAGAGUUGUUAACCAAGCUGAAAGAAGACAGCAACAUUGUAGUUACUGUCCUCUGUUUUUGCAUUACUAUUAGAACCUUUUACAGCAAAACCAGAGUGCAGUAACUACAUUUUUAAGGGUCAAAGAUAGAAUAAAUCAUUAUGAUUUUUGAGCAUAAAAAUGACAUAAUCAAUACAUGUAGAAACAAGUGUCAUAUCACUAACCUACCUAUAACCCAUUUGGCUGCCCAGUUUAAAAAAAGUUUAAAGCAGUUUUUCUCAGAUUUACCCUUCGCUUAGUUACUGCAGUUUGACUUUGUAGGGCAGUAUAGAUGAUUUAAGUUCUUCUUGUCCUUUUACUUUUCCAGCCAUUGUUACAUAACAACAUAUGUGUUUAUUAUGAGCACAACAAAUAUAUCUAAAAAUAAUGAAGAAAUACACAUCCAAACUGAGUGUAAUGAAUACACUCUGGUAAAGGGUAGUUUUUAUUUUGGUUAAACUCUCCCGCAUGUCAUUACGGAGCUCGUGUAUUUAACCUGUGUGUGGUCCAUCCAUCCAGCUGUAGACUGUAUCAGCAGAGGCCAUUUCCCAGGCCUGUUCUC